AUGAGUUUUCCGGAGGAUGGGCAGACUUUAAACUUCUUCGUUAAUCACCCCGAUACCGAGGAUACAUUGAACGCCCUGGUAGAUAUACCAUAUCAACGCAUUUUGUGGAGACAAUCACCAAAAGAAAAAAUAGAAGAAUAUGAACUAACGACAGUCACGUAUGGCACAGCGUCAGCUCCAUAUUUAGCAACCAGGACUUUACAACAACUUGCCAUAGAUGAGAAAGACAACUUCCCAAAGGCCAGUCAAGUCACUCUGCAUGAUUUUUAUGUAGAUGACAUAUUGUCUGGGGCACAUGACGUAAAUUCAGCAAAGCAACUACAAACUGACCUAAUAAAUAUGCUACGUACAGGAGGUUUUAAUUUGAGGAAAUGGUCAUCAAACAAUGGUGAACUGUUAGACAACAUCCCAGAUCGAUCAGAUAUUGACGACAAAACAAUGAAGUUGCCAUUAGAAGAGAGUAGAAAGUCACUGGGAGUACUAUGGUCACCAAUAGAAGACAUCUUUUGUUAUAAAGUAACAACAAAUAACAACAAAAACCCAACAAAACGAUUUAUACUAUCUGAAAUUGCCAAAUUAUUCGAUCCAUUGGGAUGGUUAGCACCUGUGAUAGUAACAAUGAAAAUAAUAACGCAAGAACUAUUUACUAAUAGUACAGAAUGGGAUCAGCCUGUAGAUGAAAAAAUUAAACACAAGUGGACAGAAAUACAACAACAGCUAAAAACAAUCGAAAGCAUAAAAAUUCCAAGGUGGUGUUAUGUAACGCCAAGCAAAAAAGUAGAACUGCACGGAGUUUGUGAUGCGUCAGAGAAAGCUUACGGUGCAGUAAUUUACUGCCGAGUGCAGGACAGCGAUAAAACAUACAGGGUGACACUUUUGCAAGCAAAAUCGAAAGUAGCACUAAAUAAACAAAGAACUACUCUACCGAGGUUGGAAUUAUGUGCAGUAUUAUUACUAGCUCAGUUGAUGGAAAAAGUCAUCAAAACUAUGAAUUUCAUUGAAGCAGAAGUCUACUGUUGGACAGAUUCAAUGAUUACACUUGGGUGGAUCAAAGGAGAAGCCAAUAGAUGGAAGACCUUUGUGGCCAACAGAGUAUCGGAGAUACAAAAACAACUACCACAAGCAAAAUGGAACCACGUGAUAACUAGUCAAAACCCAGCUGACAUAAUCUCCCGAGGAACCGAACCAAAAAAAUUACUAGAACUACCAAUAUGGUGGAAUGGCCCUAGCUGGUUAAAUGAUGAAUACAUACCUACAACAAAGACAGUACCAGAAAUUUGCGAGGAAAUAAAAAGAAGUCACCAGACAACUAUAUCGACAAAAGAAAAUCAAAUAUGGGAUAGAUUCUCAAGCUACCAAAAGAUGAUCAGAGUAUUAUCUUACUGCUACCGACUUCUUUACAAGGAACGAGGUAACAAAUCAUUAUCGUGUGAGGAAAUAGAGCGUACUAGAAAACAAGUGCUAUUAUUAGUAAAACAAGAAGAGUUCCAAGAAGAAUAUAAUACCUUAAAACAAGGAAAACCAUUAAAAAAGGGAAGUAAACUGACAACCCUAGAUCCCUUCAUAGAUAUGGACGGAUUACUACGAGUUGGGGGCAGAUUGCAAAACUCUAACCUACCAUACAAUCAAAAGCACCCAAUCAGACCGCCAAUCUGUCCUAUUGAUAAAAUUAAGAUUUUUAGAGAUCGCCAUCAAUAUCCCCCCUCCAUCCUGUUUAUUGAAGCGUUUAAAAAAUCUAUUACAUCUGUCUCUGCGCACCACACAGUAUCUGUCAUCAAACAGCUCCGAAGAAAUAAUACUAUUAUUUAG